UCUGACGGUAUGUUUACGUAUUCCCGUUAAUACCGUUAAUAGAUUCAAUGGUCUACGCUGUUGAAAAUAUGAAGAAAUGGAUUUUGUGAAAGUGCUUGGAAGUGUCUUCGCUCUGUUCUGCUACCAGAGCUGCGCAGCCAAACUGUUCAGUGGAGAUUUAUACGCGCGCAGCGGCCAGCGUAUCUGCCGGCGCGGGACGGAGCGGCCAUGCUACAAGAUCGCAUACUUCCAGGACAGCGGCCGGCGGGUGGCGUUUGAGGAGGCGCGGGGGGUGUGUCGGGGCGAUGGCGGCGAGCUGCUGAGCGUGGAGACAGAGAACGAGCAGCGCCUCAUCGAGCGCUUCCUGCAGGAGCUGCGUGCCGGCGACGGCGACUUCUGGAUCGGGCUGCGGCGGAACCAGGCCCACCCGGGCGCCAGCACCAACUGCCAGGAGCAGUACCACUGGCUGGACGGCAGCCAGGCCUCCUUCAGGAACUGGUAUUGGGAUGAGCCGUCCUGCGGGUUUGAGGUGUGUGUGGUGAUGUACCAUCAGCCCUCAGCUCCCCCUGGCAUGGGGGGCCCCUACAUGUUCCAGUGGAACGAUGACAACUGCAAUACCAAGAACAACUUCAUUUGCAAGUACUCCCAAGAAACUCUGUCUGUUUCCACCUCCGCAGGGAAUCUGACACUCACAGAUGCCCCACCCCUGCCGUUGCAGCCGAACUCCCCACCUGUACCCAUGGAGGAGGAGAAGAUGAACGUGGUGGUGUCUGAAUCAGCAGAAAACUCCCUGAACAUCACCUACAUCAUGCUCCCCACCAUCCCGCUGCUGUUGCUGCUGCUGCUGGCCACAGGGGUGUUCUGUUUUAAGCUUGUCGCCAGAAGGAGGAAGGAGUGGGUGGACCCAUGUCCCAAGGAGCCGGGGUACUGGGUGCCAGCAGGAGGGUGCAGCAGCCCCAGCCCGGAUGUGUACCAGGUGCUGAGCAAGCAGCGUGAUGCCGACCUGGCAGGCACCCGCCCUGAUGCCAGGAACACCUCCUUCCGGCCCUCGUCCCCGGACACGCCGUCGGGCGACUAUGACAACCUGACGGCCAGGGACACGGAGAGCGACUUUGUCACGCUGGCCAGCGCAGAGAGCGGCUUCGUCACCAAUGACAUCUAUGAGGCGUGCCAGGGCCGCGGGCGGCCGAACCGGGAGGCCGGGUGGGUGGAGAACGAGAUCUAUGGCUACUGAGAAACCGCUGAGCGCCCCCUACUGCAUCCCCACGCUACGGUCACCUGCCUGUCACCGCCCUCCCGCUCCCGUUCUCCCACUCUCUCUCUCUCUCCCUCCCUCUCACCCCCU